AAAAGGGUUGCUUCUUGCUUAGAGAGCGCAUUUUAGAGAGAGAAAGUGUUCUUUUUGGCGCCCUUUCCUUGACGUCGUCGGGUGCGGAGACCGUCGAGAUUCCCCAUUCUCUUUCCAUACCGUGUUCGAUUCCCCACAACACACAACUCUUUAUAUCUCUCUUACCUCGUAUAUGAUAUACACACAUCUUCGAACAUAUAAUUACUCUCUUCACAUACUCUCUCUCUACAAUGGCGUCUGAGCAACAAUUAUCUGCAAUCAUGGGCUCGAAAGUGCUCAUGGUUGGUGCUGGCGGUAUCGGGUGUGAGCUUCUCAAAACGCUUGCUUUGUCUGGUUUUCAAGACAUUCACAUAAUUGACAUGGACACAAUAGAAGUGAGUAAUCUUAAUAGACAGUUCUUGUUCCGACAGUUGCAUGUUGGUCAAUCUAAGGCUAAAGUUGCACGGGAUGCUGUGUUAAGAUUUAAACCCCAUAUUAGCAUUACACCUUACCAUGCAAAUGUUAAAGAUCCUGACUUCAAUGUGGACUUUUUCAAGCAAUUCAAUGUUGUUUUGAAUGGACUCGACAACUUAGAUGCAAGGCGACAUGUGAACCGCCUUUGUUUGGCGGCUGAUGUUCCAUUGGUUGAGAGUGGGACUACAGGGUUUCUGGGUCAGGUCACUGUACACGUGAAGGGUAAAACAGAAUGUUAUGAAUGCCAGCCAAAACCGGCUCCAAAAACUUAUCCUGUGUGUACUAUUACAAGUACUCCAUCAAAGUUUGUUCACUGUAUUGUAUGGGCAAAGGACUUGCUCUUUGCAAAGCUGUUUGGGGAUAAGAAUCAGGAAAAUGAUCUGAAUGUGCGUUCUAGUGAUGCUUCUAGUUCAUCAGAACAUGCUGAAGAUGUUUUUGUACGUAAAAAGGAUGAAGAAAUUGAGCAAUAUGGAAGGAGAAUAUAUGACCAUGUUUUUGGUCAUAACAUUGAAGUAGCUUUAUCUAAUGAAGAGACAUGGAAAAACCGUAACAGGCCAAGGCCUAUAUAUACUAAAGAUGUCCUGCCUGCUGAAAUGACUCAGCUUAAUGGUACCGCCGAUAAAAUUAUUGUAUCUGAUGAUCCCUCAUCUGUAUCUGCAAUGGCAUCUCUGGGUCUGAAAAAUCCUCAAGAUGUAUGGAGCCUAGUUGAGAAUUCAAAAAUAUUUCUUGAAGCGCUGAAGCUAUUUUUUCUUAAAAGAGAGAAGGAGAUUGGGAACUUGAGUUUUGAUAAGGAUGAUCACUUGGCUGUAGAAUUCGUAGCAGCCGCUGCAAAUAUUCGUGCUUCUUCUUUUGGGAUUCCUUUGCAUAGCCUUUUUGAAGCUAAAGGUAUUGCUGGUAAUAUUGUACAUGCUGUUGCAACAACAAAUGCUGUGAUUGCUGGGUUAAUUGUUAUUGAAGCAAUUAAGGUGCUGCAACAGGAUAUAAACAGCUAUAGGAUGACAUAUUGUCUUGAACAUCCAUCAAAAAAGAUGCUUCUUAUGCCAGUGGAGCCUUUUGAGCCAAACAAAUCAUGUUAUGUUUGUUCUGAGACACCUCUAUUGCUUGAGGUUAAUACUCACCGUUCAAAGUUGAGGGAUUUCGUUGAAAAGAUUGUUAAAGCGAAGCUUGGUAUGAGUCUUCCCUUGAUAAUGCACGGGCCUGCCCUUCUUUAUGAGGUUGGUGAUGAUCUUGAUGAAGAUAUGGUAGCCAACUAUGCAGCAAAUUUUGAGAAGGUGCUAUCCGAGCUUCCUUCUCCAGUGAUUGGUGGAACGAUGCUUACAGUUGAGGAUCUUCAGCAAGAACUGAAGUGCAAUAUCAAUAUCAAACAUAGGGAGGAAUUUGAUGAAAAGGAGGAACCGGAUGAGAUGAUUCUUUCUGGAUGGACUCAAGUUCCUGCGAAAGAGAAGAAGAAUGAUGUAUCUACUGACAAUGGUGGAAGCACAUCAAAUGUAUCUCAAGUGGUUUCACUCGAGACCGUAGAAGACGGGGACAUAGAAAUAAUGCCAACAGAAACCACGAAUGUUCUCGCUGGGAAGAAAAGAAAGCUGCCUGCAAGUUUUACCACCGUCACUUCUGAUCUCUCCACUGUUUCUGAUAAAGAUGACGUUGACGAUGCUGUUGUCGUGCACGAUGAUGGGAAUGCCAACAUGAUCAAGAAGAGGUCGCUAUAGGUAUUGCUCGCACAUUGACUUUUGACGGCCUCUCACAUCCUAAUUUUGUACCAUUAUAGAGACUGACAAUUCUUUUGAUGCUUGUAACUUAGAUUGUUACAUUAUCUUCAGUCAGAUACAUGUAAUUGUUUUUGUUUUCACUCUUAGUUCAAGCAUAGCAACAAUUUGUAGCCGUCCUAGUUUAACAGUUGGGUUGAACAUUGUAAUUAUCAGAACAUUUUGUUGGAAAGUAGAUUAAACUGUUUCUAUUC